UAUGUUGUCAUGGAAAUGCAAUAAUUGAUGCAACAUUGUCCAGGUUUGGAAGACAUGUUGUCAUAGAAAUGCAAUAAUUGAUGCAACAUUGUCCAGGUUUGGAAGACAUGUUGUCAUAGAAAUGCAAUAAUUGAUGCAACAUUGUCCAGGUUUGGAAGACAUGUUGUCAUGAAAAUUCAAUAAUGGAUGCAACAUUGUCCAGCUCUUGCUCUCGUCUCAACGUCGCCAUAUCACAUUAACGGACACAUUUCGCACAAACAGUUAUACAUCAACUAUUAUCAACAUCAAUAGUUCAGCAUGUGGACUUAAAAACAGCUCUUGGUAAAUCUAUUAUUAGCAAAUAUGUGGCAACUUUAGGUUUUUCGGUAUGACGUGUGCGGUUAACCAAGAUUGGACACAAGUUGAAUGGCUACAGCAAACAAUGGCGACAAACAACAUCAUCAUCAGAAGGCGGAUACUACCAAACCGACUCCAGUUUCACUUGGAAUCAGCACACUAAAGCCAAAGUUUCAGCAGUAUGCUCUCCCGUCAAAAAGACAUGAGUCGUUUACGGAGGCGUCAAUACCGUGGCCGGAAAAUUCACCAGUCAAGGUCGAGGAUUUGGUGGCUGCCGGACUCGUUUAUACAGGUGUUGGAGACAGUGUGCGCUGCUACCACUGCGGCGGUGGUCUCCGGAACUGGGAGCCGGGAGACGACCCGAUGGAGCAGCACGCCAAGUGGUACCCAACCUGCCAGCAUGUUCUCAUUACCAAGGGAAAAAAAUACAUUCACAGUGUUGAGGCGGGCGAAAAUCCCGACAAAAUGUCAAGAAGACCAAAGGUUAAACAAACACCGGUCGAAGAUUUUGCUUCUCAACAACAACAAGAAGCUAUGCAAGCUGCCGCCGAGUUCGGAUAUUCCAAGGAGAACAUUAGCAUUGCGGCCUGUAUAUUUCGAAAACGACAUGGAGCUUCCUCCCAGUAUAGAGGUUCUGAUUUGGUUUCAAUUUUAAUGGAGAUGGAAGACGACCCUGACCUUGCUUUGAAUGCCAAUGUUUCUGAUUCAUCUUCAUCAAAUCCAGCGGAAGAACAUUGCGAACUUGAAGAUGACGACGACCUUCAAAAUCUGUUUGAAGAGAAUCAAAGACUCAAAGAUUCCCGGAACUGUAAAAUCUGUCUGGACAAUCGCGCGGACGUCAUCUUCCUUCCCUGUGGACACAUUGUCAGCUGUCCCCAGUGUUCGCCCGCCCUUGACCUUUGUCCAGUCUGCCGCAAGUCCAUCAUGGGCCUCGUCAAGGCACGUUUUGCCCUCACUGAAGACAGUGCAGAUGAUGAGUCGGAUGACGAGUAGUUGAGUUGACAUCGACUGAUUGUAAUUUAAGAUAUCAGCGAUGUCACUGUUUGUUAAAGGGGGUGUAUGUGUUGUUUGCUAUAUACAAGUGGUCCACCCAUUGCUUUCAGCAGUUCUAAACACUAAGCAAGAUCCCAAAAGGAUGACGUGUGUACACGGCAAGGACACUCAUGCGUAUUGGAUAGUUGGGAUUAAGCGUUUUUAAGAAAGGAUGGGGAAUAAUAAACUGAGCAUGAACGCUAUUCGGAUAUUUUUUAUUGUAAAAGAGAAAACAAGCGUAGAGAUUAUGUAGGUAUAGUAAAUGAAAUCAUACACAACUUUCAACUAUUAGUGACUUUUUAUUGACUGAUUUUAUCUACCUAAAUAGUCUUUCGUUACAAAGGUGCUACCAAAUAGCGCUUAUUUGCAUAUGUUUUAAUACUAUAUUAACGUGUUCUUUAAUUGAGUUCAUGGUCUUUAUGAUUCAAACAAAUUAAAUCAGUAUUAAUAUUGUAUAAUAGCAUUUAUUCUGGACAGUGUCUGUUAUUUCACUUGCGAACUAUAUUUACGUUUCCUAUGAUAAGCUAUAAUAAUUAUGUCGAACAGUCAUUGUUAUAAGGGUAUGUUUUGGAACUGAAAUAUUUUGUGUUCAAAACCUUGUAUUGUUCGAAUAAUAUCUCAAGACAGCAAGUUCAUUUGUAAAGGGGACAUAUUCAUGCACGAUCUAGACCCGUGUUGUUGAAAUGUUAUAACACCAUUAAAGUCUAUGUUAGUUUCUAUAUCAUUUAUUGCACGUAUGUAUAAUCGUAUUUAUUAGGAUAUAAAAUUGUAAAAUCAAAUAUUGCUUUGUCGAUUGUUUUCACAUACAUUGUAAUUCUUGUAGCGCAUUGAUAAUAAUUGUUUAUCUUGUUUACAUAUUAUAUAUUAAAUUUAAAAUUUUUGAUAAACAGAUUUUAUGAUUUAAUUUAUUUGCUUUAUUUUAUCUUUUAAAUUUCUUUACAAUCAUGAAGAUGUUUUUUGAAUGCCUCAAAGUUUUAACUUAUUUUCUUAUCUCUGAGCUGGAGUUUACCAUGCAGAUUGUGAUUAUACAUACAGUUAUAGUAUACAUACCAUGCUUUUACGUAACGUUAUGUUACGCUAUGUUAACACUGUGAUAUUUAUAAAUGGGUAUUUUAUAUGCUUUUUCAUGCUAUACGAUGAACUAUUGUUUGGUGGAAUUCUUAGGAACUAGUCGUCCGAUUAUUUGUAUUAAGAAUAUGUAAUAAUAAAAUUUGUUUCUAUUAAAAAUAUACAUAAAUUCUCACCACCGUUUAUGUUUAAUGAAAUAGUUAUUUAUUCGUAAUAUAACUUUGUUACACAUACGACAUACGUGUCAUGUUUCUAUGGAUAAUUGUUUGUAUGAUAAGGAGCUAGUGAGGUCUAAGUCAAAUACAUGUUUUGUUGUAAACGUUUAUGUUAUUGUUCAAUAUGCCAUCGUUAUUUAGAAUAAUGUUGUUUUUUUUAUAUACAUCACAUAUACAUUAAACGAACUUCAUUAAGUCAAUCUUGUCUUUCAAUUGUUUGAAUUUACUUAAAAGUGCAUGUUCUAUUAUUAUCUAGACCAAUCCUUGCCAAUGUGUAUGUUUCUUUGUUAUAGGAAGCUGUUACAAUGAUAUAAGGUCAAAAAAAUAAACGUGUGUUCUAAAGCUGCACUCUCACAGAUUUACCAUUUUUACAACUUUUUUAUUUUUUGUUUUGGAAAGAGCAAAUAUUUGCGUAAAUAUCUGCAACCAAAAUGAUGUAAGACUGCUGACAAAAAAUCAGAUCGUAGAUUUUCAUAUUUCCGUUCGAAAAUUAAUGUUUUAUGGCUUAAACCGUUACUAACGGUUUAAGAAAAAUGCAUAAAACAUCAAUUUUUGAACUUAAAGAUAAAAAUCUGCGAAUGAUUUUUUGUCAGCAAUCUUAUAAAACUGGUUGCCAUGGCUUUUCCGAAAAUUGGCUCAUUCCAACAAUUUUUUUAUAAAAAGUUGUCAAAACGUACAAUCCGUGCGAGUGCAGCUUUAAGACUACAUGUACAUGUUUUCAAUAUUUGAAAGCAGUAGAUACUUCAAGAUAUUUCUAGUAAACUGUUGAUGUGAUUAAUAACUAUUGAAGAAAUCGAACCCUUGCUUUUUAUAAUGCUCUAAAUCUAUUGGAAGAAAUCAAUUGAACGUUUUAAAUGGUGUCCCCCAGAGUUAAUUGGAUUUAUUUUUGCUUUGUUUUCAAUGCUUAUGCUACCUGCAUUAAAGAUCUUUGUGUAUACUUGAAUACAAAUGCAAUGUCAAUCUUAUGCUUGAUUAUUAGCAAAACUAUAUAACAUGUUGGUUCACAUAAACGGCACAGAUACGAAACAAUAAAAACAAAUUCGC